CCAUGCCUGCCCAUGACAGCGUCAUACUAUACCUAGGUCUUUCAGACCUCAUCAACAUUCUCUCCAGUAGCCAUGAUGCCUUGAAUGAAGGAUUUAUGACAACCCCCCCCCAAUACCUAACCUUCACAAACGUGACCUUGAAAGAAUCCCAAGAGAAAAUCUGCUUUGAAAAGUCCGAAGCCCUCGUAUACGCAAAAUUCCGCUACAACACCCGCACACAAGAACUGGUCGCCAAAGUACUCAACCCCAGAAACGCCCAUCCACAUAUAAUCAGCUCUUUUCAAUGGUCUAUGAUGCUCUCUCAGUUCACGAGCAUGGGAGUUGGAGUUGGAGAUUACGGGGCUACAUUGUCACCGGUGAUCACGCUUGGUGACUGGGUGCGACAGCCAGAUAGUUGCUUGGGACCAGCUUUAAAGAUUCCGUAUACUGUUGUGUUGGGGGUUGCAGCAGCUGCGCCUGGGAGCAAGGAGGGGCUUAAGGGUAAUGUGAGAGGUUGGAUUGAGAGCCCGGGAAAUUGUGUGGAUUUGGUGAUUACUAUUUGUAUUAAUGUGCUACAGCCGCAGCAGCAGAUGGGGACUAUGACUAUUGCAAAAUGGGAGCCCCGUGGCGAUAAUGCUACUAAUGGGAAUGGGAAUAGGACAGCCAUGCGGACUACUGUCCUUACCAUUAAAUCUCAAACUAGUACUACUACUGGCACUUCUAUUGAUCCGCGAUCUGGAGAUGCUGUACCAUGUAAUGAGCUGCGUGUUCCCUUUGAAACAAUUUUUCGCAGAGCACUAGUGAACCUGGAGAAGGAUGUUGUUUUUGAUCAAAAGGCGCUUUUGAAGUUUGCUGAUACUACCUGGAAACAGAUUAGGGCGGGAAGGAGUGAGGGCUAUUGA